AUGGCUUGCGUGAUGAAUUGUUUCAGAAGCAACGAGGCAGAUCACCGCGCUGACACUGCAGAAGCAACUGAUAAGUUUUCCAACGGCAAACUCCUCGGCGAUGGUGGUUUUGGUAUAGUCUUCGAGGCAACACUAGGUGGCAAAAAAGUUGCCAUUAAGAAACUUAAAAUUGGUCGGGAUGAAAGGCCGCAGUCGAAAGAAGAAUCGGAGAAGGAGAUUAAAGUUGUUAGCCAAGUGAGUCACAAAAAUCUGGUUAAGCUGUUUGGAUACUGCAUUGAAGGAGACGAUAUAUUGCUUGUUUUAGAGUACGUUCCAAAAAAAUCUUUGAGACAUCAUUUACAUAUGGUCGCAGAUUUUGGGCUUGAACUUCUUUUUCCGGAAACUGGCAGCCUCACUCACAUCACUAGAUUAAACAAGGGAAAUGAAUUUUAUGCAGAAGCAGAGCAUUAUCCUACUCAAAAUGUUGCCAAAAAAUCAUAUGUUUAUUCCUAUAAUAAUCCUGAGUCUAGUGGAUCUAAUAAUAUUGAGCCCAAUGGAUCUCAGAAACUAAAGCCUCAUGUCAGUUCAAAAACUAAUGAAUCUCAUAAUUUUGAGCCUAAUGAAGCUCAUACUGUUGAGUCCAAUGGAUCUCUAGAGCCGAAGCCUCUUGUCAGUUCGGAAGUUAAUAGAUCUCAUAAUGUUGAGCCCAAUGGAUCUCAGAAGCAGAAGCCUCUUAUCAGUUCAGAAGUUAAUGAAUCUCAUAAUGUUGAGCCCAAUGGAUCUCAGAAACCCAAGCCUCUUGUCAAUUUGGAAGCUUAUAAUGGCAUUGAACAGAGGCAAUUUACUUCUCGAGAACUCGCAAUCGCAACUAAUGGUUCCUCCGAUACCACUAAUGGCACUGAGAGGUUUCAAGAUCAUCAGCAGAGGAAAAUUAAUUUUCAAGAAGAUUAUCAGCCUAGAAGAUUUACUUAUCAAGAACUGACAACGGCAACUGGAGGUUUCUCCGAGGACAACCGUCUUGACGAGGGUGCUUUGGGCCAAGUUUAUAAGGGAGACCUAAAUGGUGAAAAGGUGGCAGUUAAGAAAUUUAAUAAUCCUAGGAAGCAAGAAGAAGAAUACACAAAGAUGAAAGCUAUUGCUAGUGGAUACCAUCACAAAGAUCUUGUUAACCUUAUUGGAUGCUGCGAAGAAGGAGCCAAUAGACUGCUUAUUUAUGAGUUUGUUCCGCAGUUGGAUACAUGGCAUGCAGAACUAAAGCGUUUAGGUGAGGACGGUUGUUGGUGCAUAUUUCAUGUAGCUUGCAUACUAUCGGCAGAAGCCUUGGCAAAUGAACGUGCGAAAGAAAAUAUUUACUCGUGGCAUAUGCCAGUGCAUUGGAAGGACGCAUUUUUUUUUUAUGAUCAUCAUCAACACAAGAUGUAUGGCUCUGAGUACACUAGUACCCUUAAGUUUACUGAGAAGACUACUGUUUAUUCUUAUGGUGUAAUGCUUCUGGAGAUGAUAACUGGAGAAGAACAUUUUGAUGAUAUAGUUCAAUGGAUACUUGAAGUUGUUAAAGGAAAACUCGAUCUGCAAGAUCUCUACAAAGGGGAACAACAGCUAACAAAGCAAGUUGAGCCAACCUUCGGCUUGGAAUCUCUGCCCAAGCCCAAGAUUAUGGCAAGUUGA